AUGGAGCCUGUUGCAAUAAUAGGAUACGCCCUCCGCUUUCCAGGCGGAGCAAAUACGCCCUCCAAAUUCUGGGAGCUCCUGACGAACGGCCGCGACGUUUCCCGAACACCAGACCCAAACCGGCUCAACCUUUCGAAAUUCCACCACCCGAGGGGUGAACACCACGGCAGCAGCAACGUACUUAAAUCGUACUUUCUCGACCAGGACCCAUGCCUUUUCGACGCCUCAUUCUUCGGCAUCUCGCCGCUGGAGGCCGAGGCCAUGGACCCUCAACAGCGGCUCCUCCUCGAAACGGUCUACGAGGCUGCCGAAUCGGGCGGCGCGACUUUGGAUGCGUUGCGCGGGUCCCGAACGUCGGUGCACGUUGGCGUCAUGACGGCCGAUUACGCCGACGUCCAGGCCCGCGACCCCGAGGAUAUGAGCAAUUACGCGGCGUCGGGUGUCUCGCGCGCCAUGCUCGCCAACCGUAUUUCGUACGCCUUUGACCUGCGCGGCCCGUCCGUCUGCAUCGACACGGCCUGCUCGUCGUCGCUUGUCGCGCUGCACCAGGCCGUACAGGAUCUCGCGGCAGGAGAAGGAGGUGGUGCGGGGUCCGACAUGGCGAUAGUCGCCGGCUGCGGCCUUUUAUUGGACCCGCUCAUGUACAUCUCCGAAAGCAAACUCCGCAUGCUGUCGCCGACGGGCACGUCCAAGAUGUGGGACGCCGGCGCUGAUGGGUAUGCUCGCGGCGAGGGCGUGGCGGCGGUGCUGCUCAAACCCCUGAGCAGGGCUUUACGCGAUGGCGAUCCGAUCAGGGGCGUCGUCCGCGCGACAGGGGUGAACUCGGACGGCCGCACGCCGGGAAUCACCAUGCCUAGCGCCGCGGCGCAGGCGAGCUUGAUUUGGGAUACCUACCGCGCGGCUGGGUUGGAUCCGUUUAAUUUGGAGGAGAGAUGUCAAUAUUUUGAGGCACAUGGAACAGGCACACCAGCGGGAGACCCUGUUGAAGCAAGAGGAAUAUUCAAGAGCUUUUUCGACUCUGAGGUAGCAGAUAAGUCUCACAACUCUGCAGAAACCCCGUUGCUGGUCGGGUCAGUCAAGACCAUUAUAGGGCACCUUGAGGGAUGCGCCGGCCUGGCUGGUGUUAUCAAGGUGCUUGUCGCCAUGGAACAUGAUACAAUACCACCGAAUCUUCAUCUCAAAAGACUUAAUCCAGAAAUCGAACCACUGUCUCGUGUGCUAAAAAUCCCCACAGAAUCUACGCCAUGGCCAACACCUGCUGCUGGCCAACCCAAGCGUGCGAGCGUCAACAGUUUUGGCUUUGGUGGCACGAAUGCCCAUGCCAUUAUCGAGUCCUUUGACGGUAGUAUGGGGAAGCAAGAUUCUGAAAAGAGUAGAAAGAACGACCAACAUGAUGCUGUAAGCCGUGUUGAUACUUGGGAAGGGCCAGCAACAGCAGCAGCAGAGCGACCAACAAUGCCCAUCGUACUAAGCGCACACAGCGAGCCGGCGCUCAGGAGACAAGCCGAGAACCUACUGGAGUUUCUGCGCGAGAACCCAAAAGUGGAACAGAGGGAUCUCACCUGGACGCUCUUUGCACGACGCAGCGAGCUUGGCGUCCGCAUGUCCAUCCCGGCGGCGGAAUCACUAGAUCACCUAAAGCAGAGGUUGCAGGAGAGGUUAUCAAAAGCGGCAGCAAACGAGAAGAGCACAAAGCUCGGCGAAAACGCAAAAGCCCUAGUGUCGCCGGACGAAGGCAUGGGGAUCCUGGGCGUCUUCACCGGACAGGGCGCGCAGUGGGCAGGCAUGGGGAGGGAGUUGAUGAUGCACAACAGCACGUUCAGGCGGGCAAUAUCGCGCUGCCAGGACGCGCUCGUCACCAUGCCGGUCGUGGCAGACAGGCCUGGCUGGUCGUUGGCAGAGGAAUUGUCGAGGGAGGAAAAACAAAGCGGCAUUUCACAGGCCGAGUUUGCUCAACCGUGCACCACCGCCAUCGAAAUCGCUCUGGUCGACAUCCUGGCUGCGCAUGGUGUUCGCUUUAGUGCGGUCGUAGGCCAUUCGUCAGGUGAGAUCGCAGCCUGCUACGCCGCCGGCAUCCUGUCCCUGCAGGACGCCAUCCGAAUUGCCUACUAUAGGGGUAAACAUGCCCACCUUGCUCGGGGUAACGGUGCCAUGCUAGCCGUGGGUCUGGGUUGGGACGCCGCAGAGGAGCAAAUUACUGCGGUCGACAGAUUCCACGGGCGUCUCUGGCUAGCGGCUAGAAACUCACCGUCCAGCGUCACCAUUUCGGGCGAUGCCGACGCUAUUAAGGAGGCGCAUGCAGAAUUACAGCAGAGGGGAGUCUUUUCGAGACUGCUAAAGACGGAAAAGGCAUACCAUUCACCACAUAUGGAACCGUCAUCUGAAGCUUAUCUGCAGUCGAUGAGGGCUUGUGGCAUCAAACCCCUGAGGCCGAGGAAUCGUAACCCCUGCAUUUGGGUCUCGAGUGUGACCGGGAACGCGGACAUGUUUUGGGAUGGGGAUUUUAAUGGUUUGGCCACCGGUCAGUAUUGGGUUGACAACAUGGUGCAGCCCGUCCUAUUUGCGGAUGCUGUAACUACUGCUUUGACCAACGGAGGCCCGUUCGACGCUGCAAUCGAGGUAGGUCCUCACCCGGCGCUCAAGGGGCCAGUCGGGCAGACAAUACAGCCGCAUCUCAAGCGGAUAAUUCCAUACUGCGGCGCCAUGAAUCGCGGCGCAGACUGCGUGAACUCAUUCUCCGAGGCCCUGGGCUUCCUCUGGUGCAACUUUGGCAGCAGUGCCAUCCGUCACCCAGAAGACCUUGGCAAGCCCCGGCCACGUAUGGUAAAAGAUCUGCCGUCAUACCCAUGGGACCACACAAAGCCCAUUUGGCGCGAGUCUCGAGUCUCACGGAACCAUAGGCUACGACACCAGGAGCGCACCUUUCUGCUCGGCCGUCGCUGCCCGGACGAUACCGACGCAGAACCGCGCUGGAGGAACAUGCUGAGUCUCACCGAGUUGCCUUGGCUCCGUGGUCACGCAUUCGAGGGCGAGGCUUUGUACCCCGCGGCUGCCUAUAUCGUCAUGCUCCUCGAGGUUGCUCGGUUUUUGGCGGCGGGGAGGAAGGUGGCGUUUGUUGAGUUGUCGAAUAUGAGCUUCAAUCGUACCCUCGCAGUUCCAGAAGGGGGCCCGGCGGUUGAGAUUAUCACCUCUGCCAAGGUUGAAGGGAGCGCCGGGCUGAAGGAUAAAAUCCGGGCAUCUGUCGGGUUCAGCGUCUGCCAGGAUCCGGUUUCGGGUACUGUAGAUUCCAACAUCUGUACGGGAUCGGUUGAAGUAUUCUUCUCGGGUUCAGAUCAGGGAUCAGGAGAUUUAUUUAUGCCAAGAGUGGCCCCUUCUAACACCAAGACUCGUGUCGAUGUCGGUGACUUGUACUCCAUGUUCGACAGCGCCGGAAUCGAAUAUCGCGGCGUGUUCCGCGGCCUCGUGUCACUGAGCCGGAGUACUGGUGUGGCCACUGCAACGGCAUCGUGGAAAUGCGAGGAUAUCGACUGCGGCGACGGACUAGUGCACCCUGGACUGAUUGAUACUUGCAUCCACCCUGUAGUGGCUGCGUUUGCCACCCCAGAAAUGGACCGGGUUAAGUCUGCGUAUCUGCCACAAAGGCUCCAACGACUCAUCUUCAACCCCAAUACCAAAUCAUUGCCCAGUACCGGUCACAAUCAAGAAGAAGCCAGAUUUGCCGUGGAUGCAUAUGUCACCGACUCAAAACCAUCGACGCUAGUAGGUGACUUUAGCAUAUACUUGGCCGACGAGAAGAAACAAUCGAUGCCCUUGGUACAGGUUGAAGGCCUUUCCAUGACAGCCUUCGGAAAACCAGACCCCAUUGACGAUCGAGUCAUCUUCAGCCAAACCAUCUGGAAGCCAGACCUCUUGAGCAGUAGCGGUUCUGAUGAUUUGACUGCCAGUUACAGCCCUUCACAGCACGAUAUGAUUGUGGACGCUGAGAGAGUCUCGCUGUUCCUCUGUCGAAAGAUAGUUGAAACUGCCGAAAGAAUUGGAACCCACAAACUGAAAAAGCAUGAGCAGAUGCUGGUGGCGUAUGCCCAAGAGACAGUUACAAAGGCGCGCCGGGGCGAGCAGUGGUCCUCAGCUACAACCAUCCUCGAUACUUUCGAAGAAGGCAGCCCAUGCCCAUGGCUGCAAGACGACGAAGCCACCAUUGACUCCAUCUUCAAAAAGCACAGCAGCCAAGUCGACUUUGCAAUCCUCCGCGCAUUACAAGACGAGAUCGAGGCCGUCUUCAGCAGCCAAAAACAAAUCCUCGAGGUCCUUUUUGCUAAAAACAUGCUGGGUAGGUACUACAGCGAAGGGCUCGGCCUCCGCAACGCACAACGGCAGGUCGCCCGGUACCUGGGCAGCAUAUCGCACCGCCACCCGCAUGCCGACAUCAUCGAGCUGGGCGCCGGCGUCGGCGCCACCACGCGAGCCAUCCUCGACGCCGUCGGCCCGGAUGGCUACGGCUCCUACACCUUCACCGACGUCUCGGCGGGCUUCUUCCCCGAGGCCAAGGAGCGCUUCGCCGCUCCGUACCACGCCGGGCGCAUGGUUUUCUCCAAGCUUGACGUCACGAUCGGUCCUCAAGAGCAAGGGUUCGAGCGCGGCGCGUAUGAUGUUGUGGUGGCGGCCAACGUCCUGCACAUCGCCCCCGACGUCGAGGCCACGCUGCGCCGGGUCCGCACCCUCCUCAAGCCCGGCGGCCUGCUCGUGGCAGUGGAACCGACCGGUGGGCUGGUGCAGGUGCAGCUCAUCCUGGGCGGGUUGGAGGGCUGGUGGCUGGCGACGGACGGAUGCAGGACCGCAGGGCCGCAGCUCUCGGUCGAUUCGUGGGAUGCCAAGCUGUGGGAGGCGGGAUUCUCGGGCUUGGAGGUCGUGCGGCAUGACCAGCCCGACGACAGGCUGCGGACCUGCACGUCGUUUGUCAGCCAGGCUCUGUCCGACACGGUCAGUUGCCUACGGCAGCCCCUGGCAUAUGCGCAUCUGCUCCCGGUAGGGAGCGUGUUUGUUUUGGUUGGUGGUGCCACCGUGACUACUUCACGAGUGGUCCGCGACGUGGAAGCACGGCUCAAGGCACGUGGUGCCUCGGUGCUGAGAGUGCGUGAUGUUGCCAGCUUUGGCAAUGAUGCAGCGAUUCCUGAUAAAUGCUCAGUUCUCUAUCUUACCGAGUUGGACCAUCCGGCACUACGCGGGGGCGACCAUGAUAUGGACGCCGGCGUGUUGAAGGGGUUACAGACCAUGUUUGGCAAGGCCGACUCAAUCUUUCUCAUGACGCAGGGUGCAGGCCGGAAGAAUCCUUCGUCGAACAUGCUCGUCGGUCUAUGCCGUACUCUAAGAAGCGAGAUGCGGUCCUUGCGGCUGCAAGUCCUGGACUUGGAGGAUGACUCGGUCAAGCUAGAGGCGACUUUGGUACUGGAGCACUUUCUACGCUUCAUCAUGUCGGCUGAUCUCGGAGACGACAAUGUACUCUUCACCGAUGAGACUGAACUGCUCCUCAAGAAUGAUGGUAUACUGUACAUCCCCCGAAUUCGCACAUGUCAGGAGCUGAACGAUCGCGUCAACACCUCGCGGCGGAACGUAUGGGCGCAGGUCGAUGCUGAAGAUCAUAUUCUGGAGCUGAUCCACGACAAUUUGACAAGUGGCAACAUGGCAAACACCUUGGGAUACGAGCUCGUAGCAACACCUAGAACGAGUAGCUACGGGACUGCGGACCAUGGCCAAGGCCUAAUGACGAUCCAUGUCAAGUACUCAACCCUUAUUCCCAUCCUAAACACACAAGGUAUGGCUCCAUGUCCGACAUACCUCUGCUUUGGUUUGGUCAAGGAGGGUGUAAAGGGGCUCGAGCGGCCAGUGUUGGCAUUAUCCAGCUUGAACAAGUCCAUCAUCCAUGCCUCGAGCCGUCAAGUUCACUUUACUCCGCAGGAGAACGACGUCAAACCUACUACAGUCGCCAUUGUUUCUCUGGUUCUGGCCGUCCGGGCUUGGGUACGCAGCGUGCCGAGAGGAUCGACUAUAUGGGUCCACGGAGACUUUGAUGAGACGACAUUGGCUUUGCUAGAGACGGAAGGCGGGAAAGCAAGGGUCGGAAUAUACUGGACGAACUCUGCGUGGAAAGCAAAGUCAGAGCCUGAAUCCAAGCGGGUGCCGGUUUUGAUACAUCGCAACAUGCCAUUCAGACACCUCAAGGCAGCAAUACCUCGGGGUAUCUCUGCCGUAAUCACAACGGGGUCAUCGAGCACCGAUGAGGUUUUCUCGGUUCAGCAGGCUCUUGGUCUCAAGGAUGUCCUCUGCGGGAACCUGUUCAGCCCUCCACCCAGCAUUUUAUCCCGAUGCCGGACGGACUCUGAGAUGGCUAGGGAGCUCGAGGAGGCAUUCGUAUUGUCCGUCGGUAUAGAAAAGGCAGAGCCACUUAUAUUCUCGGCAGCCAUACCCGUGGAAAAAAUCCCCACUGCAAAUAUCAGCGACUUGCCUGCUCAGGUGCCAAACGACCUUGUGGUGGUUGACUGGACAGCUUCUUGUCCAGUGCGUGCAAAGAUUCAACCCAUCGAUGCCAGCCAGUUGUUCAGAGCCGACAGAACGUAUUUUCUGGUCGGGCUGACGCGUGAUCUGGGCAGGUCGAUCUGCGAAUGGAUGUCACAGCAAGGGGCACGCCACAUUGCCCUGGCCAGCCGCAAUCCACAGUUUCCGCAGGACUGCCUGGACUUGAUGAAGACGGCCGGCGUGACGAUCAAGGUCUUCUCCAUGGACGUGACCGACUACAAGGCGGUGCGGACCACGGUUUCGACGAUCCAAGACAGCAUGCCACCCGUUGUGGGAGUCUUCAACGGCUCCAUGCUGCUGUCCAACAAGCUCUUCGCCAGCCUCGACGCCGCCGAAACAAUGACGGCCAUCCGUCCCAAGGUCAACGGGAGCAUCAACCUCGAGCGCGCAUUUGCAUUACAGGAAGGCAUGCCAGGCCGGCAGCUCGACUUCUUCCUCCUCUUUUCCUCCUCGGGGAGCGUUUUUGGUGUACCCGGCCAGUCGGGCUAUCACAUGGCCAACCUGUUUAUGAGCGCCAUGGCGGCCAACCGUCGGGCCAGGGGGCUUGCCGCUUCUGUUAUAGACAUCGGCAUACUAAUGGAGGUCGGCUACGUGACCCGCCAGGACUCCUCCAUGGUUCGCAACCUCAAAUCCCUGCACAUGAUACCCAACUGGGAGGACGAGGUCCCCAUCAUGCUAGCAGAGGCCAUCGUGGCCGGCCGUCCAGAGUCGAAGCAUCAACAGGAGUUGAUAGCCGGGCUGGCGGCCAGCAGAGACGAGGCCAACAGGCCGUUUUGGGCCGGCGAGCCACGUUUUGCCUUUUUCGUCAGGGAUCAGCGGCGCCGCUUUGCUGCCGCCGAAAACGACGAUCUGGGUGGCUCUGGUGCAGACGGCCCCUCGAACUCUCCAAUGGAGCGGCUCCGGGCGGUCAUGGCGGCCAUGACAGCAUCUGGAAGCAGUGGCAAAGAUGGAGUCGCCACAGAGCUCACAGCUGCGAUAAGAGACGCGCUCGCGCAAAAGAUGGAAAAGAUGCUCCAGGUCCAACCUGGAUCGCUCGACAUGGCCUCGCCCAUCGUCGGGCUGGGCGUCGACUCCCUCCUGGCCAUGGAGGUGCGCCAGUGGGUGCAUAAGACGGUCGGGGCGGACGUGUCCGUGCUGAAGAUCCUCGGAGGUGCCACGGGGGACAUGGUCGCCGCGGCUGCUGCUGAGGCGGUCACGGUGGCUUUGAAGGAUGCACCACCACUGGCGGCAAAGGCUGUUGUUCCAAAGAUGUCUGUUGUUACUGGAGGUAGUGACUCGGUCGCUGCUGCUAGAUUUUCGGCACCCAAGGCGCCCGGAUCUGUUUCUAACAUGUCGCCUUCGACCACAUCUGGCAGCGACUGCAGCACAACGUCAUCCGUCCUGAAUAGGAUGUGGGAUGAUGAGAGCCCUCUGAGGACCACACCGACUUCGUCAAGGUCGUCGAUCCCGGACUCUCUGCCGACAGAAGGGUGGCCUGUAAGCUCCAAGGUCGAAACGUCCUUGGCUGCAUCUCUGGGAGGAGCAUCAGUCGUGCGGAGGUCGCCCUUGUCCUUCAACCAAGAGCGACUAUGGUUCCUCCAGCAGUUCCUCGGCGAUCCUUGCACAUACAACGAAACGGCCCUGUACCGGCUCAGGGGUCCCGUCGAUGCCAAGAGGCUCGAAACUGCCUUCUAUCAGGUGCUGGCUCGUCACGAAAUCUUCCGCACGCGCUAUCAGAAUAACUCUGGGACGGAAGCUGCCAUUCAACAGGUUUUGGUCGUCCCUCAUCAUGUUGAGAAGGCCUCGCGGGCAUUUAGGUUGGUUGAUGCUAGUGAUGAGAAAGACGACCAGGAGCAGUCAAAAGUCAUCGAGACCGAGUUUAACGCAUUGGCCAACAAAAAAUGGAACCUUUCGACCGGAGUAUGCAUCGGAAUCACUUUAAUUUCACUUCCUCCCAGUACAUCAUCAUCUCCCAACAACACCGAACAUGUCUUCGUACUCGGCGCUCAUCACAUCGCAGUUGACGGGAUAACCUGGGCCAUAUUCUUCCGGGAUCUCGACAAGGCAUACACCGCUGGCCACCUCUCACCAUCUUCCGGGUUACAAUACGCAGACUUUGCCAUGCAGCAGCGCAACAAGACGCAAGAGGACCACCGAGUUGACAUGGAAUUCUGGUCCGCGGAGCUUGCAGGUCUGCCAAACGACCCCAUCCCGCUGUUCCCCCUAGCAAAGACGACCGAGCGCGCGCCUCUGGACCGGUACGAAAGCGUCACGGCGUCGUGCCGGCUCGACGCAGCCACCGCCUCGGACAUCAAGCGCACCAGCGCCCGCCUCCACAUGACCCCGUUCGGUCUGCACAUGGCCGUGCUGACGGUACUGAUCUCGCACCUCUCGAGCAAAUCCGACCUCUGCAUCGGGUUCUGCGACGGCGGCAGGCCCGACGGCUUCGCGGAAACGGCGGGCUUCUUUGUGAACAUGCUGCCCGUGCGCCUCUCGACGAGCAAACAUGGAGAAUCAGGCAUGUUUUCCGACCUCGCCCGCGCCACCUUCUCCAAGCUGAUGGACGUCAUGGAGCACUCCUCGCUGCCGUUGGAGGUGAUCCUCGACGGGCUCCGGGUGCCGCGCUCCGCGAGCCACAGCCCGCUGUUCCAGGUCGUUCUCAACUACCGCCUGGACGCGCUGGCGCACUCGAGCGUCGGGGAUGGGCGGCUCGAGUUUGUAAAGACGCGCAACUCGCAGAACCCGUACGAUCUGACGCUCAGUGUCACCGACUCGCCCGAUGGGACCUGCCUCCUGGACGUGUCCAUGCAGGACAGCCUGUACGGCCCCGAGGCUGCCGAGUGGGUCCUAAACAUGUAUCGCGUCCUGAUGACGAACGUGUGUCAGGAUGUUCAGGCUACGGUGGAGAACUUGCUCUCCUCGCUAGGGGUGGCUGGGCUGCCGACAACUGCAGUGACCACCCACGCGCCCGAGAUCAAAGACGACGGUGUUAAUGAUGAGUCCCCCACAAUCUGGCACAAAGUCCAAGGGGCUUCAGAGCGAAACGGUGAUUCUACAGCCAUCCAUGAUGUUGGUCCUGGUCGAACACUCAGCUAUAAUGACUUGACGGGGAUGGCAUCGUCUAUGGCGACAGGGCUGCAGCGAUUAUGCGCUUCAAGGGGUGUCAAAAUACGGGGCGCGUUCUGCGCUCUGUUGCUUGAGCCUUCGGCCGAUUACAUAGCCGCUUUGUUGGCUAUGCUCAAACUGUCGGCAGUGUCAUUCCCUAUAGAUACGACAAACCAUAAAGAAAGACUCGCCGUCAUGGCAAAGGACUGCAAGCCAUCCAUCUGGCUCUACCAUAACCGGACCAAGGAUCUCGCGUCAUGGUUGGCAAAGACCUGCAAUCAACAUGAUUGUAUAGCAGUUGAUGUUGCAGAAUUAACAUCAUCAACGAAUAGCCAUGAAACUGUACCGAAAAAGUCCGCAGAGUCCCUCUCUACGUCUGCCGACCUACCUGCGCUCCUGUUCUACACCAGCGGGUCGACUGGCACGCCCAAAGGAGUCCUGGUGACGCAAAACAACAUCAAGUCUAUAAUCACCUCGAUGAACACCAUCCUCAACUACCAGACACCCCCAGUUGUCCUCCAACAGUCGUCCAUCGGUUUCGACAUGUCCAUGUUACAGAUCUUCACGGCCCUGUUCAGCGGCGGCAGCGUGGUCAUCUGCCCACAGGAGCACCGCCGGGACCCGAUCGAAAUCGCCAAGCUGAUUGGUCGGCUCGGCGUCACCACUAUGGCCGCCACCCCGACCGAGUGGAGCCUGCUGCUCGCGCGAGGGGAGGAGCUGGCGAGGUGUCGCAGCCUGCAGACGGCAAUGGUGGGCGGCGAGAUGGUUACCGGCCGUAUCGCGGCGAGCUUUCGACGACUCGACAAGGCAAGCGGUGGGAGGAAAUUGAACCUUUUCAAUAUGUACGGACCCACCGAGACGUGCAUGAUUAGCAACUUGGGCCGCGUCGAGUAUUGGCUUGAUGAAAAUGUCCAAGAGCAAGGGAGGGCCUUGGCGGUGGGACCACCGCUGGAUGGUGUUCGUAUCCGCGUGCUGGGUCUGGAUGGGAAUGAGGUUCCAUAUGGAGCAGAGGGCGAGGUUUACAUCGGUGGCGUUGGGGUUGGGUUGGGAUAUUUGAAUAGGCCGGAUCUCACCGAGGGCGCAUUCCUGCCCGAACCGCCUGCCAGUUUCGAAGUCAAGGCUGGGUCUCCACAGUCUAAGAAGAUGUACCGUACGCGAGACAAGGGCUAUUUGCUCCCGAACGGUUCCUUGAUGCUGUGUGGCCGCAUUGACGGUGACAACCAGGUCAAGAUACACGGGAUCCGCAUCGAGCUAGAGGACGUGGCAUCGGCGAUACUCAAGGGGGCUGACGGACUCGUCUCUCACGCCGUCGCCACUGUUCGCACCGACGAGCACGACAAGAUCAUCGUUGCGUUUGUCGUGCCCUCCCCCCGGCUUUCGCCCGCCGACACGCCCAGUUUCCUGACCGAGCUGCCCGCCAGACUGCCUCUGGCUGAGUACAUGCGACCAGCCGCCGUAGUGCCACUCGAAAGGCUCCCGCUUAAUGCCAGCGGGAAGCUAGACAUGGCGGCUCUGGCCAAGGUGCCCUUGCCUGAGCAUCGUGAUGUCCAGGCAGCAGCCCCUAACCUGCAAACCACCAAAGGCGGAGCCAACGCCCCUGAUGAAACGCACGAGACAUCCUCCCCGGAGCUAUCCUACCUCGAGCAGGAGCUCCUGUCAAUGUGGACGGCGGUGCUUCCCAGUCUCGGAAAGCAGUUGGUCAAGAACACCAACACGCAUCGCGGGAUGGAUUUCUUCCGGGUUGGCGGCAGCUCCAUCACGCUCGUAGUCCUCCGCGAUGCGAUCAACCGGCGAUUCCGUGCCCGCGUCCCCCUCCUCCCGCUGUUUGAAAACAGCACCAUCGGCUCCAUGGCAGUCAUUGUCGGGAAGCAGAUCGAGAAGCAGUGCGGAGCACACUGGGAGUUUUGGGACAGGGAGACGCGGUUUGAUCCAGCUAUGCUGCCGCCGCCAACACCGCCAGCCUUGUCGUCUCUCGGAUUGGAGAAGCGGAUGGCGUGGCACUCAUGUGGCACAGGAAUCCUCUUGACCGGUGCCACCACGCCUCUCGGACGUCGACUAUUGCAGCGGUUCCUAUCCCGGCCCGAGACGGUGCGCAAAGUCUACUGCAUAGCCCUUUCGCCAGACCAGCAGACCGAGCUGCGGAACGAGUCGUGGCUGACCGAAGCCGAACACGCAGACCGCGUGGAACUCGCGUCCGGAGACCUCUACAACCCGACGCUGGGCCUCAGCCCGACCGACGUCCAGCGCUUCCGCACCGAGGCCGACGUCAUCGUCCAUGCGGGCUCCGAGGGCUCUUGCCUUAAUAGCUACGAGUCAAUCACAGAGCCGAACCUUGACUCGACCCGGUUCUUGGCCACGGCGCUCGGCAUCUCGCCCGGCGGCGGUGUCAAGCCGCUCCACUUCGUCUCGAGCGCGCGCGUAAUCCUCUUCAGCGGCCGCAACGAGCACGGUGCCUCGUCCGUCUCGCAGUACCUCCCACCUCUGCCCGACGACAACGACAACAGCAGCAAGGAGGGCUUCACGGCGACCAAGUGGGCGGCGGAGCGGCUGCUGGAGAACUUUGCCCACGCGGCUGCGGCGCGCGGCGGAGGCGUCGGGCCGGUCGCCCUCCACCGGACGGGCUAUCUUAUCACGGACGACGCCGGGGAGAUGGACGCCAUCAACAUGAUCCGCAAGUGCUCGGCCGUGCUCGGGGUCGUGCCAUCGAUGGAUCGGUUCGAAGGGUGGCUGGACAUGUCGGAUAUGGAAUGGGUUGCGGACCGGGUCGCGCGUGACGUUCUAGAAGUUGCCGAGGCGGUCGAUGAUGAUGAAAAGCCGUUGGUGCGCUACGUUCACCACACUCAGGAGAAGGCGGUCCCGGUGCUUGAUUUCCAGGGGUACAUGAAGGAGACAUUUGGGCGGGCGUUUGAGAGCGUUUCCAUGGUGGAGUGGACGCGUAGGGCUAUCAAGGUUGGGUUAAGUCCGUUCAUGGCUAGCUUCCUGUGUGCCGUCUGUGAGAGGGAGGGCAAGGCAAAAUAUCCUAGGCUGUUAGUGGACGUUGAAGAAGAGGAGUAG